UACCUGUACCCCUGGUGGUUGUUGGUUGUUUUUUUGGGAACUGUCAAGGUAUACAGAUAUGUCUGAAAGCUGUUCGACCAUUUGUCGCAAUUGAUAAAUUGUGGUUUCUUUGAAAUUUCCUUUCCUUUUAUGGACGAAAUAGAGGGCCUUUUUCAUGUUGGCAUUCAUGGGACUCAUUCGUAACUCCCUUGUCUUAUGAUUUGUUUUAUUUCCACAAAAAUGUAAACAAAAUGAAGAAAGGUCCCUCAUUGAAGGAAGCAUUGCAUAGAUAGCACCGAGUUUUCACCCUUUAAAGUAUUUGACAGGGCAAUCUGAUGGGAGUUUUCCUGAAACAGUGCCCUUCAAAGCAGGCAAGCCAGCAUUCAUAUGUCUCUGAGAAUAUUUUGAAACAGGGCCUGAGAGCUCAAAGAAAGAUAGACUUGGGAGACUAGAUAGGGAGUGAAAGUGAAGGGAGAUGAAUUCAGAAGCACUGCAAGCUUGUAAGGUGUAUCGCCAACUUCUCAAAGCUGUCAGGAAACAUGUGGGCAAAGAAGACUACAAAAAACAUUUUGUGGAAUAUGUAACACAAGAGUUCCAGAAGAACUGUCACUUGUCGGAUGUUGUGUACAUCCAGCAGAAAAUCAAGCUUGCACGGGAUUACACUCUUCUCCUUAACAGUGUGCACCAUCACAUGGACUUGCUGUUCUCAUACAAUAUUGCCAUUGAUAGAUCAGACGAAAUGAAAAGAACACUUGGAAAAUCUGCUGCAAGUGUGGGUCUUCAGCUUGCUGUGCCGUAUCAUUCUUGACAAAUGAUAGGUCUUAUGCUUUUCAUUCAACCAUUCCAAAAAAUCUAUGUAUGUGCUUCCGUUGUACUUGAGAAUCUGAUUGGAGCAGACUCUAUAUGCCAAUGCAUUGAUUAAUUCCAGUUCAUUUCACAG